AUGCUGCACCUCAUCCAGCUCGGCGUCACCUUCUCUGGGCCGCGCGGCGAGCUGCCGGUCCUCGGUGCUGGCCGCCGCCGCUGCGUCUGGCAGUUCAACUUCCGCGAGUUCGACGACGCGCGCGACAUCUUCGCGUCCGACUCCAUCGAACUGCUCCGUCACAGCGGCAUCGACUUCCGCCGCAACGCCGAGCGCGGCGUCGAUGCCCGACGGUUCGCCGAGCUCCUCAUGUCCUCUGGUGUUGUGCUCAACGAUUCCGUAUACUGGGUCACCUUCCACGCAGGAUACGACUUCGGGUACCUACUGAAGAUUCUCACCUGCAAUAGCCUCCCAGACACACAAGCCGGGUUCUUUAAACUUAUGAAGAUAUAUUUCCCGACUGUGUAUGACAUCAAGCAUCUCAUGAAGUUCUGCAACAGCCUGCACGGCGGGCUGAACAAGCUCGCUGAGCUACUUGAUGUGGAGCGUGUUGGGGAGGCUCAUCAGGCUGGGUCCGAUAGCCUGGUCACGUCCUGUGCAUUCUGGAAGCUCAAGGAUUCAUUCUUCGCGGGCUCAACAGAGAAAUAUGCAGGUGUGCUGUACGGGCUCGAUGCAGAGAAUGGUGUUAGUGCACAUUGA